GCUGGGAUGGGCUCUCACCCGCCAGCCAUCCCUGAGGCCCCCUGUAUGCUGGCUCUGGGGACCAGGGGACAAUGCUCGGGAGCUCUCAGCUUCCCGGGGGGGCCUCUUGUGAGGUCUGAUGCUCCCCCGGGGGGCAUGUGUUUCCCAGCCCUGGGCGUGUUGGACUACCGGGUGCUGGGUACCAACUUCAGGGACCACGCCAUCGUGUUCACCCAGCUGGAGUUCAAGGACGAGGCCUUCAGCACCGUGGAGCUUUAUAGCCGGACGGAGCUGGUCAGCCAGGAGGCCAUGCGUCUCUUCGCCCGGUGGAGCAAGGGCCUGGGCUUCCUGCCUCAGCA